AGAACCAUCAUCGUGCGCCUCGUAUCGACAGCGCAGACAGGUUUCUUCUACACGACUCAGCGGUUGCGCCAAGGACCGAAACUGUCUGCAGUAAAAUAUGACCCGAAAGGCGAGUCCUGCUGCUGCUCUAGGUUGAAGCAACGGGUACUGUUCGUGGAGAGCAAGAAGACGAAGAAAUAG